AGGCUGGCAGACGCGUCAGGGGGUGGCGACCAUGACGUAACAGCGCGCGGCGGUAACUUCGAACGUUCCCAAGCGCAGGCGUGUUGGAGCUGGUUCCGAGCGGCUCAGAGUCCCCGCGCCGCGAUGAAGCGCACCGUCCCGCGCAGCACCCUGAAGGGUCUGGUGAAGAGGCAGAAGCCCCACCUGCGCAUGACCGCGAAUACCGACCUCCUGAUACAUUUGAACUUCUUACUGUUUCUGCAUCGAUUUGCUGAAGAAACCCGGACCAUGGCUAUUGAAGAUAAGAGCAAAACAAUUAAAUAUGAACAUGUUCUGUCUUCGGCAAAGAUAACUUUAAAGAAGAGCCGGGGCUAAAGUCAAGAAAUACUUCUUCGCCCUUUGCUUUAUGUUUAUGCCAUUACUAACUUUUCAAAGUAUCUGUCUGUGUCUUUGAGCAUUGUUGAUCUUGUGUGUUCUGAGGUUUAGAAACUUAUAAGAAAUAUCUGACUUUUGUCCUUCCAUAUUAAGUUAAAGCACAAUUAAUUUACACAAUGGCUUGAUUUAGGUAACUCAUAAAAGAAAAUCGAACAUGUGCAACACAGUACUGCAAACAAGUUACAAAAACAAAUGUUUUGGAAACUUGGUGGAAUGAUGUGUAGCAGUAAAGUGGUUUCUGACCCCUUUUCCUUGCUUAUUCAUUUACCAUACUACUUGUUGUGUAGCAAUAGAAAAGGAAGGUGGUUUUGGAAGUUAGAGGUGACAAAUUAUUUGGCCAGAACUGGUGGUUGCAGCAGUUCCUAGGAAAGGGGCAAGUAUUGGUCUGUUCCUUCUCUUCUUUUAUCAAAACAGCUACAACUGCUGGAGCUGGCUAAAGGAGUGGAAAACCUCAAAUCAUUAUUUUCCUCCUGUUCUCCUCCCCCCCCCCAAUUUUUGGAAGAAGCAGCAAAUCUGUCAUCUUCUUUCUCCUUUUAUAUAGGAAAGAUAGGAAAAAAUGUAACUGGAAGCCUUGGGCCCAUGCCCAUUUCUUUCUUUCCACAGCUAACAGUACCCAAGAAUACCAACCGCAGACUUCUACCUUCAGUUUGUUCAUUCUUAUUUGGAAUGUUGUUCUAAGCCACUAAGUACAAAUCCUUUAAAGAAAUAGAAAAAUUGCAAAUAUGAAAAACUUGUUACCAACUUUUAAAAAUGAAAGUGACUUGCUUUCUAAAUUGUUGCAUUGAUUGUGUACUUAUGCCACAUAAACACUUUGUAGGGGACUAUAUAACACUUCUUGCAAACCAGCACCUUGGUAAAGUAUUUUAAAAUAAUUCAUUUUGUAUAGCUCUGCUGUCAUCAGUAUGUCCAUUUGGGUGAAAUAAAUUUAUUUUUUGAAGGGCA